AAGAAAAAGCCAGGAAAUGCUCCUUCACAUCCCCUUGCGGUCGCCUCUUGGCGGAUGGGAAAUUCGUCACCAAAACAAAACGUUUGUAUUUCCAGCGGGGAGGAGGCAGAUGAUAGAGAGCUAUGUCUUUGGGUCAACUCACUGCCAACUAUACUGACUCUGAAGGAGAAAAUGAUGACCGCAUCAGUGAUGAUGGCUCGCACAAAUCCUCACCCCUCACAAAUAGAGUGGCAGAACUGCGUGAUGAAGGCAGCCGGAGAGGGACACCAGCUAGUGUAGAGUCCACAGGAUCAGGAACGCCACAAAAAAAGUUGAACAGACUUGUGUCAUAUGCUAAUGAAGAAGAUGAGGAGGAGGACGUGGAGGAUUUGCCACCAGAAGAAGAAGAGGAAGAACCUGAUGAGGUAGUUAACUCGGAGCCAAUGGACACGGGCUCAGAUGAGGGAGAAGAGGAAAAGACAACAACAAGGGAUCUCGGGGUUCGGUUGCCAGCCGCUCCUGCAGGGAAGUGCUCUCCACACCUUCAGGACAAGGUGCAGAGGUUCCUGAAUGAAGUCCGCCGUGGCAACAAGGACUACAACAUGAUGAUCCAGAAUAACAAAGAGUUUCGCAAUCCUGGCAUUUACGAAAAGCUUAUUGAUCUCCUCCAGCUUGACGAGAUGGGAACUAAUUAUCCACUGGAUAUGUUUGAUCCACAUUGUUGGGGGAAGGAGUCCUACUAUGAUGAAAUUGCACGUGUACAGAAAGAAGAAAUGGACAGAAGAGAAAAGGAGCGAAAGGACAAGACAAAGGUGGACAUUAUCUCAGGUACCAAGAAACCCCAAGAGGAGGAAGCCAAGAAAAGAAAAUCUCGUUUUGACCAAGGAGGACCCUCGACCAACAUCCUCAAACCUAUGGUUGCUCCUCCUACUCUCACUUCAGUGCCAUCUGGAACAAAAGCUACAAUAGAUGCUUUUGGAGGCUUGAAAAAGACCAAAUAGUUGUAGAAACCUUUUCUUUUUCUUUUCCUUUGAAAUAUCUUCUGAAUUGAAAGAAAGAAGAAAUAUAUUUAUAUUCCAGGCUCUCAUGAUUUUGUUGACAUUUAUUUUAACAUUCAAUGUAUUUUUUAUCAUUUUUAAAAAAUGUUGCAAUGUAUUAUAGCAAAUUGUCAGAUAGCAAACAGGUUUUGCUGACAUAUUUGAAAGACAUUUUUGACUAUUUCUAUUCUUAAACUGCUGUAAUUCAGAUUAUGGGUUAUAGUUUCAUUUUGUAAUAUGAUGCUAUUGGGAUCCCUCUUAUUGAGUCACAUAAAGUAGAUGAUAAUAAUUAUACUGAUGUGGAUGCUUCUAGAUCUUUUGUUAUAGUACAGUUACUUCAUCUCCAAAAAGUUCAGCAUCCCAUCUCUCUCUCUCUCUCUCAAUUUUUGGCACUCUGAGAGGUCAGCUUUAUUAGUUAAGAGCAUAAAUUAUUCUGAGAGUGGAUACUCUGUUUUGUUCCAUGUUGAAGAGAUAAACAGAAAUCCUGUACUACCUUCAACAUCCAUAUUGUUAACACUAUUAAUUUAUGGUUACACUUCUCACUACCCUCCCGGACCCCCAACAAAGACCCUGAUGCUGCAUUUAUAAGUGUUUACAAAAUUCCUUCCAAUUUUUGUGUCCCAGUUUUAACACAUUGUCUGAAAGUGCAAAUAAAUUAGGUAUAAAAAUAUAACUGGUAUUUAAAAUGUCUCACCUCAUGAUCUCCUGUGGAAUGAAGCAAGUAGGGCAGACGUAUCAGUGAUAGAAUUUUAUUUUUUGAAAUAUUUUUAGAUAAUUAGUGAGGAUUACCAGAAUCUAGACUUAGGUGCUGGUUAUUCUUAUUGAUAAAAGCUGUAAUACAAAUUAUGUAUACUACAAUCAAGGAUAAUAAAAUAUUCAUAUUAUGUCU